AUGAUUGAUGACACAAAUACAAUUGAUUGUAGUUAUUCAACAACAAUUACCCAUUUACCACGUUCAUGGACUUCAACAAAUCAUAACUUAACAUUAUUUACACAAUCGAUACUACGAUUUGAUCUUCUUCAUACACCAUCAAUUACUUCAAUAAAAACAAACGAUUUUCAAGGUCUUUAUAAUCUUCGAGAUCUAUCAAUAAUUAAUACUGGACUUAUUACAAUUCAACCACAUGCAUUUCGUCAUCUUCAUCGUUUACAUGAACUUCGUAUUGAAUUAAAUCGAAAUUUAAUUGAAUUAAAAUCAUUUGCAUUAAGUGAUAUUGAAUAUGUACAUCGUAUAUCAUUGAAAUCAAAUUCAAUACGUGUUAUACAUACAGAAGUAUUUCGUAAUACACAUUUUGUUGAUAUAUUAGAUCUAAGUGACAAUCCUUUAGAGAUUAUUGAAUCCUAUGCUUUUAAUGGUCUUAAAUCAGUUGGUACUUUAAUCUUAUGUUUAUUACCCACAUGUCCAAUAAAACAAAUUGAUUCAUUCGCUUUUUUUGGAUUUCAUACAUGUGAUAAAAUAAUAUUAACCGGUAUUCAUACAUCAUUACGUUCAAAUUCAUUUUCCUAUAUGACAUCAGUUAAUCUUGUUAAUUUAUCUCAUAGCGAAAUAACACAUAUAAAUUCAUAUGCAUUUCAAGAUUGUGAACAUAUCGGUGAAAUUGAUUUAUCAUCAUCAUUAAUAUCAAAUAUUGAUUCUCAUGCAUUUGAUCAACUAUAUAAUGUUUCAUUAUUAAAUUUAAAAGGAAAUUUAAUACGUUUAUUUGAAAAAACAAUUUUUCAACAAUUAGCACAUACAAUAAAACAAAUUAAUCUUGAUAAUAAUCCAAUACGAUGUGAUUGUACACUUGAAUGGUAUUUAGAAGAACGUUCAAAUCGAUAUAAAUUACCUGAUGUAUGCACAGGUCCAAUUGGAUAUGAAUGUUUAAGUCCAAAUGAAUUACAAAAAUCUCAAUUAAUAUGUUAUCAAACAGAAAAAAAUGAUAAUCAAAGCAAAGAAAUAAAUUUUUGUGAAAGACGUGAAAAACAUAUAUCUGCUAGAGAAUCAUCUGCAUCUUUGUAUGAAUUAAAUAGUUUUUUGUUUAUUUUAAUCAUAUUUAUAUUUCCAAACAAAAUUUUAUUUCCUUUGUGA